AUGUGUGCCAUAUGGUGGGUAAAACUUUACAAACAGUACGAGCAGGCGUACAAGCAAGCAGGACAGCACAACGAACCAAGUAACAGCAGCGUCAGCAGAAUCAGUAUUAGGGAAAUGAGCUCUCACUCCCGACACGAGAGCACUGCAUAUGCAGAUGCUGACAACAUAGAGAAAGCAAUAGACAAAUGGCAUAGUAUCAAGACAAGGCUUGAUAGACUUCAUAAGGGAUACAAUGAUGAGAUAAGGUUAAUUAACUUGAAGAAGGACAAGUGGCAGAAUAACUACGACUGGAUUAAGACAAAUUUUGGGGCACUUGCAAAACAAAAUCAAGAACUAACAGUUGCACAAGUAGAGAGUUUGAUGGAAAACUGGCAAGUGGACGAGCUUGAAGGGUUACUAUUGGAAUUGGCAAAUGAGGAGCAGAGAUACUGUCAACCUCGGCCUCAGAUCAGAUCUAGACACGUGUCUUCUGGUAGCACAAAGAAAAGACGGUUCACAGAGGAUGGUCAACAGUUGUAG